CUCAGUAGUAGGACAAAAGUAGCCGGCAAGCCGCAUCCAUCUUCGCCACAGAGGCUUGACUGCAGUUAGAAGAAGCGUAGAAAGUUUUCCAGCUGGAAGAGUGAAGCUCCUGACCCGUCAGAGGAGCGAACUGAUCUGAGAUCAGAUCCUGACAGCAGCAGACUUACCGCAGACACGUUGGGAAGGCGAGUCCAGACUUCACACAUUACUCCUGGUUUUCAGAAAACUACAAUGGCUGACCGAUUCGACUGCGAUAACUGCAAAGAAUCCCUGUACGGCCGCAAGUACAUCCAAUCUGAUGACAACCCGUACUGCAUCCCCUGUUACGACAGUCUGUUUUCAAACACCUGUGAUGAAUGCAAAGAGCUAAUUGGCCAUGAUGCAAGGGAGCUCUUCUACGAGGACAGACAUUAUCACGAGCAUUGUUUCCGUUGUUUCCGCUGUGACCGCUCGCUGGCAGAUGAGCCCUUCACCAGCCAAGAUGACGCGCUGCUCUGCAACGACUGCUACUGUAAUGAGUUCUCCUCCAAAUGUGUCGCCUGUGACAAGAUCGUCAUGCCAGGUGAAGGUACAAGAAAAUUGGAGUAUGCAGGCUCCACAUGGCACGAGGGCUGCUUCAUUUGUCACAGCUGCGAACAGCCGAUUGGCUCCAAGUCCUUCAUUCCAGACAAGGACGACCACUACUGUGUGCCCUGCUACGAGGAAAAGUUCGCUCCCCGCUGCACGCGUUGUAAAAAGGCCCUGGCUAAAGGUGGUGUGACCUAUCGGGAUGAGCCGUGGCAUAAGGAGUGCUUUGUGUGCACAAACUGUAAGACGCAGUUGGCGGGUCAACACUUCACCUCCAGAGAUGACAGCCCCUAUUGUCUGAAGUGCUUUGGCAGCUUGUACGCCAAGAAGUGUGAGGCCUGCAGCAAACCAAUUACAGGAUUUGGAGGAGGGAAGUACAUCUCAUUUGAAGAUCGUCAGUGGCAUCAGCCGUGCUUCACCUGCUCCCAGUGCUCCAUCUCUCUCGUGGGCGCUGGCUUUUUCCCUGAUGGCGACAAGAUCCUGUGCCGUGACUGCAACAGCAACCUAUAAAGCACUUACUUGACCUGAUCUCACCAUUCCUUUUGUUCUUCAGCAGCUUUUUUAAACAACCCAGAUGUACCAUGGAGGGUAACAGGCUAAAAAAUAUUCUGCCUCAGGUCGUUUUAACAUAAAGACAUUAGUUUCUCAAAAACCUUGUCGCGUAAGAGGAGCUGCGCAUGUUAGUGUGCAAAAUCGUGAUGUUGCAAUGUUGUUUGCACACAUCAGCGAAAGUUAAAGAUUGAGUGCCUUAUUACAACAUUAUUUCUAUGUUAUUUAGUGUUUAGGUAAAAAUCUGCAAAUGCUUGCCACUUUGCCAAAAAUGUCUUAAUUAAUAUUACUUCAGGGCUCUAAAGAAAAUACACAGAACACUGAUAAAGUAUAAAAAUGGCUGCGGUCUAUAUUUCAGUUGUAUGGUGGAGUUACUAUUCUAAUGCUCUUAUAACUGCAGGUCCAUGCAUUUUGAAUGUUGCUUUUUAUCACCUUUCUCUUAUUGCAUUAUUAUCUUAUGCCUUACCUUAUGCAUUUUGAAUAGGUUACUGUACACAGUGACACAGAAGGAGGUGUGACACUUUUUGUAAAAAGUGGUCAAACAUUGGACAUACUUUUCCUUAAAUUUAAAGUGAAAACAUGUAGAAGAUUUCUUGGUGUAGGUAGCUUUUGGUUUUCAGGACGUUUCAUUUGCACUUUGGAAAAGAUGUGCUUUUGUGCUUUCAUUAUUUACUGUUAUGUGCACAUAAUUACACAGUUGAAACACAUGGCAAAAGCAACAGAUCUCUUUUGCCACGUGUCUGCCUAUCUUAUUUUACAUAAAUGUUCAGUUCUGCCUUCUUUUUUUUAUAUUUUAAUGUGCAUUUUUAUUAUCUGUUCACAAAGAGUCAGUAUGUUUAACUUUGAAAGAAAAUGCAAAACUGUCUUGCAUUGCAAAAGUAUACAUGCCUUCAUUUGCCACUGUUUCAUUACUUAAUUUGUUGUUUUUUUAUAGCUAGCUCCAGUCAUGUAUGUCAAAAAUUACUGUGUUGCAUCAAACUAUUUGCAGUCUUAGCGAUUUCUUCUGUUAGUUUUUUUUUGUUUUUUGUCACACAUUUUAAGUCAUCAAGCAAAAUACUUAUAUUUGAAAAAGAUAGAAAAGGCAGUUUUUACAUCAUAAUUUUAUGUAUUAAGGUAGAAACUCCAUAUACCUGAUCCUCUGUGAAAAGUGGACACUUAACAACUGGCUUUUUAACUCCUGGUGGCAGCAACUGUCAUCAUGCAUUUGCAUUAAGUGGAAUUUUGUCCAACGGUUCUAUGCAGAAUUGUUUUAUUUCAGUAACAUUUGAUGGUUUUCCAGCGUAAACUUAUGUUUUUUAAAUUAAUUCCACAACAUCUCAAUUCAACUGAGGGUUUUGACUUGGCCACUCCAAACGUUUCUUAUUGCUUUGUUUGUUUUUUGAGUCGUUCAGUGGUGGGAAUAUUGGGAUGGUAUAGAUUACCAUUCUGCUGCAUAACCAAAGUGUACUUUUAAAGUCACAACUUGACAAAUUGAUAGCCAGAUAAUUCAUGGUUGCAUCACUUAUUGCUGGUCAUCCAGGUCAUGAAGCAGCAAAGCAGCCUCACCAUCACUUUACCACCAUGUAUGACUGUUUGCAUACUGUUCUUUUUCUUAGGGGCUGUUAUUGUUAUGCCACAUGUAACAGGAUGCACAUCCUCCAAAGAAUUCUAAUUUUACCUCGCCAAUCCACAGAAUAUUUUCCUAAAUGUUUUGGGAAAGAAGAUGUUGUUUUUGCAGAUGAGAGCUGAAAGAUCACCAGUGAUUUUCACCUUGAAACUUUCCUAUUGAUACCAUUUUCUUAAUGUUAAAUAAUGAACAAGGACCUUAACCUGGGUAUUUGAAGCCACUCAUUUCAUAUGUUGGCUGGGCUCUUCUGUGACCUUCUGGAUGAGUCACCAAUGGACGUUUAGAGUAAUUCUGGCCAUCCAGCCACUUUUCAGAACUAUUUCCACCUUUCCAUGUUUUAUAUAUUUGUGGAUGGUGAGAAGAUGGACAUCAAUGCCUUUGUUUACAUUUUGCCUUUUUGAGCUUUUUUAAUCCUACUUUAUGUUGUCAGAGAGGUUUUAUUUGUGUGUUUUCAUUCUUUGUACAGGUCAGGCAGUAAUUAAGGCUGGGUGUGGCUAGUUAAUAUUGGCCUUUCCAAAUGUUUUGUUAAUCAUAGUAGAUUUAUAAUUACUGAAGGGGGGCUG